AUGUCGAAAACAGAUCUUGGUGAUAUUUGUGGACGCUUUUUAACUUCGCGUCUAUCAAAACAGACUGAUUCUUCUUCAUUUAAACAUUCAUUAAACAAUGAACAUAUUGCUAAUGAACAUAAACGUCAUACUAUCUUAACUCAAAAACUAUUAUUUAAGCCUUAUAAAAAAAAUCCAUUAGAUCAGCUACGCAAACGUUACUCAGGUAUACUUAUAUCAGCUAAUAAUGAUAUUAAAACAACACCAGCAGCAACAAUACCAACACCAGUACCAAAAACAACAACAACAACAACAGCGGCACCAUCAGCAGUUAAUAAUCAUUCAUCAUCCAAUAAUAAGACUUUUUCAUUAAUGAUGAAUUGGGAAUUAGUAAAAGAUCGUGGUUCUGGUUUAGUUAAUCUUGGUAAUACAUGUUUUAUAAAUGCCUCAUUACAAUGUUUAGCAAAUACUCCACCACUUGUUCAAUGGCUUUUAUCAAAUUCUCAUAAUCAAUAUUGUCGAAUGAAAUUAGAAAAAAAAUUUUGUUUAUUUUGUGAAGCUGAACGUAUUGUUAGAUUAAUACAUUCAAAAUCAUCUUAUUCAUCAUCAUCAAUGGGUCCAGCUAAUCCAAAUAAUCUUGUACGACGUAUUAAAGAUAUAUCUAAAACAUUUCGAUUCGGACGUCAAGAAGAUGCAAGUGAAUUUUUAAUUUGUUUAAUUGAUAAAAUUGUUGAAGCAUGUCUUCGUUCAUCUCAACCACCUGAACGUUUACGUCCAUCAUCUGGUACAUCAUAUGAACAAUUAUGUCAUUCUCAAACAUUUCUUCAUGAUCUAUUUGGUCUUGUUUUACGUUCACGUGUUAUAUGUUCACGUUGUCGUUAUACAUCAGAUACAUUUGAAGUUCAAUAUACAUGGAUUGUUGGUGUACGUAAUCAUUCAGAUUUAAGACAAUCAUUACAACAAUUUGUUUGUCGAGAAACUUUAUCAGGAGAAAAUUUAUAUCGUUGUAUGAAAUGUAAACAAUUAGUACCAGCUGUAAAACGAUAUACAUUACAUAAAGCAUCAAACAUUUUAUUAAUUAAUUUAAAACGUUUUGAAUUUGGUAAAAAUUCACAUAAAUUAUCACAUCUUGUUCGUUAUCCUGAAUAUUUAAAUGUUAAAUCAUAUAUGAGUGAAGAAAAUUCCAAUGAUCAAUCUUUAAAUUAUCGUUUAUAUGCUGUUUUAGUACAUGUUGGAUCAUCGAUGCAUUCAGGACAUUAUUAUUCAUAUGUACGUUCACCAAAUAAUCGUUGGUAUAAAGCUGAUGAUACAACAAUGACACAAUGUGAUUUAAAUCAAGUUUUAACACAACAUGGUGCAUAUAUUUUAUGUUAUAUUAAAGAAACCGAACGAUCAGUAGGAACUAAUAUAACCAAUGGAAUAAAUUCGACAAAUAAAAUUCCUUAUCAAAAUGGUAAAUUAAAUAAUAAAAGUGAACAACAAUCGAGUACAAUAACAACAACAACAACGACAACAAAUUCGAAAUUUUUCACUCCACGUCAAAUACCUGCUCAGAACCUACCACGACAAAUAAAUGGAUUGAAUGGACAUACAAAACCAAAUAUUGUAUCAACUAAUGGUAAUGGUACGGUGUCAACUGAAAAACGAGAAUCAAUUGUAACGCAUACUCCUAAACUUAUCUUUCUACCAAAUAAAUCUGCUCAGGAAAAUAAACCAAAUUCAAUAUCAAUUCCAUUAUCAUCAGUAAAAACUAAUAAUCAACCAUUAUCUUCUACAUCAAAUAUACAGACAACUUCAUCACAAAUAAAUGGCGUAAUAAAAACUAAUGGAUUUACAUCUAAUUCAAAUUCAUACAAUCAUAAGAAGGAGAAUGAUCAUGAUCGUGAUGAUGAUUCAAGUGAUUUUCAACAACCUAUUAAGAAAAAACAACGAAUCGAAGAUUCAUCAUCAUCUCUUGUUCCAUCGUCUCAGUUAAAUUCUAUUGAUGAACAAUCAGUUCCUUCAUCGAUAAAUCAAUUACAUAAAAAGAAAAAAAAGAAAAAAUCUCAUAAACAUUCUAAUGAAACACAAAAUGGUUCACAUUCAUUGAUAUCAUCAUCAUCAUCAGCAACAACAACAGAUGAACAAUUUCAACAAUAUAGAAAAACUAAAAAACAUCAUCAUCAUCAUCAUAGACGAUUAUCUCUCGAACCAUUGUGA